CGCGAGCAAGGCGGCGGACGUAGAGUGGGCGGUGUGGCGCAUGGAGUGGGUCGAGGAGCGGUACCGCGAGCGCGCGGCGGCGUGGACUGUGCGCUGGGCGAACUUCGUCGAAGCCGUUGCGCAGGACCCGAGCACGGCGGAGGCGCGUGUGCCCGCUCGCGACCCCGAGUUCGACACCGCGGACUACGGCGUCGCGCCGGAUCGCAUCGCCAUGUUUGUCGCGGGCGUGGGGCCGGAGGAAGCGCGGCGCGUGGCGGCGCGCAUGCGGGGGGCGGCGGAGGCGGGCGUGGCGCGUGGCGCGAUUGGGCCUGAGGGCGCGGAGGAGAGCUGGCAGACGGCAGGCGGGCCGCCGUAUGGCGAGAUCACGCAGCUCGGGCGGUCCACGCGCGAGUCCAAGGCGGUGCACGCGCCGGACCUGUCGUACGGCCUCAAGGGCCUGGAGAUGUGGAACCCGUGGUGAAGGGUCGUGGUGCGCGCCGUGGGGGCGCACGGUAGGAUACUGUGGCGGCAUGGUUCAUUGGGUGGGGGACAGCCUUGUAUUGAUUUCACCUCUUUUCAUUUCAUCUAUCUCUUCUCGCUCUGGCCUAUCUUAUUUCUUUCGGACACUGAAUCUCUAUCCAUAUCUUUAUCUCGCUGCCGUGCGCUCUCGCACACUGUAUUCGAUACACUGCUCAAAAUCACAGCACCACUAGCCUUGCGGCUGCAUUAGCCUGCUCUUC